GAAUUGCUGCUAUAUAAAUGAAACAGAAUUGAAUUGAAUUUGAUACCAAAACAUUUACACAUCAUAACCACAUAUGCCUUUAGUUCAUAUUUAGUUUUCCCUCUCUGGGCAUGUUUCCAGUGAUCCUGCAGAGGAGUGCUGAAAUGGAACCUGAGGUCAUGAGUUUCCUGAGACAUCAUUUAAAUCUUCUCCAACCUGUUCUCCCAGCAUGCUGUGCAGGAAGUCAUGUGUCGAGCGAGUGAGGAGGCAGAGAGGAAGGAGAGGGAGCGUGUCUAGAGUUUGCAAAGCAGGAGGAACGGUUCGAUGGCAGGACGUUAGUCUGAAUUGCUCUGCGGGGGAACUUCGUUUGUUUCUCUGACAACUGAUGGGCUCUGACAAUGGAUUUACAGCAUUGGAAGAAAAGAAGGAGUGAGGAGUUUUAUAAAGUUUAACAGAGCACGGAGAGGCUACAUGGACGCAGGGAGACAUGGUGACUUUUGUGGAGCUGCCAGCCAACGCUGGGCUGCUGUCAACCACCAGAGAGCUGAGGAUGCCGUUCUCAGAGGCAGUCAAGUUCUGCAUUCUGGGCAUUUCUAUCCUUCUCCUCGUCGUGGCGCUGGGCAUCUUGAUCUGGCAGAUCUGCAGAUGCUUCUCUCAGAAACACACUUCAUACCCCCAUCAGGACACAGUGAGCAGUGAUCUGUUGUAUUCAGAGGAAAAACCGUCGACAGCGGAGAACUACUCAGCUUCUCCAAGUACCAAGGUGGAGGAUGUGGGUUCUAAAGCCGACAGACUGAGCCGCUGUUUGUCCCAGGAAAUAUUUCCGUCAGGAUCCAGCCAGGUAGAGGGCGACACCACAGAGCACAAAGCCGUUAAGAUUCACGGCUCGCUGCGUUUCUCCGUCUACUACGACCAGCUGCAGGCGUGUCUGGUGGUCACCGUGCUGCAGGUGGAGGGGCUGGUGGACAGCGGCCAGACCCCAGGCCUGCAGCCGUUUGUGAAGCUGCGCCUCAUGUGGGCUGGAUCAGAGGCGACAGAGCUGGAGGGAUUAAAAGAGGGUCCAGCGAAGCCACGCGUGCUGUGGACGGUGCUGCAGGAGUGGCACACCCGUGUUGUGAAAGGCAGCUGUAGUCCUUCUUAUGGAGACCAGUUUAGCUGCAUUCUGCAGCAGGACAAGGGCAUGCUGGAUCGCAUCACGCUUAGGAUGGAGGUGAGGGACUUUGAUAAGUUCUCCAGGCACAUGGUGCUCGGAGAGGUCCGGGUUCCUCUGGGUCAGCUGAACAUCUCCUACCCUCUGGAGCUGCAAGAAGAUCUGCAGAUACCACAGAAGGACCUCGUUGGAGAAGCGCUGCUGUCGCUGAAGUAUCUUCCCACCUCUCAGCGGCUCGAGGUCGGCCUGCUGAAGGUCAGGACCCCCUUUGCCGAGCCGUCCACUGCUGCAGCCCUGUACGCCAGGAUCAGCGUUCAGUGGAAUCAGAGCAAGCUGAGGUACCAGAAGACUUCUGUAGUCCCCCGCUGCCCGGUGACCGUCUUCAACGAGGUCCUCAUGUUCUCCCUGCCAGACUUCCCCCUGGAGCAGUCUAAAAUCUCAGUCUCAGUGUACGAGACGCAGACCGCUGGCAGUUCGGGCAAAUGUCUGCUCGGACAGCUGAGCGUGGGGAAGGACCGAAGCUCGGAGGACGAGCACUGGGCCUCGAUGCUGCGCUCGGUCCGGCAGCCGGUGGCAAAGUGGCACGGCCUGCUGGUUUAAGCUGUGGUUCUGAAGCAUCGGCCACGGCACUCCACCGGUGUUUGAGUCCGGUCCUGUUCAGCUGUAAGAUGAGGCACCGCUCCUGUUAUCAGUGGGAACACUUUUCCUUCCCUCCUCCACAGGAUUUAACUACACUUGUGUUUAGAUACAUGAUACUGAGAACACACUAUAUCAUUUUUACCUGGGCGAUCUCUUUCAGUCUGACCUGAAAAUAUUUUUAUAAUGAAAGUUCUGAAGAAUAUUCAAUUACUUUACACAGCUAACUUGUUUGCAUUAAAUGUUUGCUUUUUAUUUUCCCCUCAAAUUAAAUGUAAUAUUUUAGUUUCAUGAAUUCAUGUGUUUGGUGCCCGCUGCACACCAGUACUUGUCUAACCACUGGAAAAAAUGUGUUUAUAUAGAAUAUCCUAAUGAGUAUGUCUGUUACUGGAAAAACAAUAAAGAAUAACACUGA